AUGGCCGAAGCUACAUCCUCUGCUGCCGCUUCAGUGUACGAGCAGCAAGUGAGUACCCUUGUCCCGGCGGACAUGGCGUAUGUGCUCUGUGCAACUGUUGGUAUCGUCGUUAUUACCCCAGGUAUCUCCCUUUUCUACGGUGGUUCUAUGCGUGGAAAAAAUCUUAUGACUUUGAUUGUUCAGUCAUAUCUGACAACUGGUAUUCUUACAGUUCAGUGGUUUCUCUUUGGUUUUUCUCUGGCAUGUUCUGAAACUUCAAGUUCUGCUAUCUAUGGUAAUUUCAGAUAUGGUGCUUUGGUAAACAUACAUGCUGGUCCUUUAUACGAAGGUGGAACAAUUCCAGCUAUAGAAACAUUCACCUUCACACUGUUCUUCGCGGUGUGUACAGUACAGAUUUUCCUCGGUGCUAUCUCUGAGAGAGGUAGAUUGCUUCCAUCCUUGGUGCUUGCGUUCCUUUGGACUACACUUUGUUACUGUCCAUUUGCUUACUGGGUCUGGGAUCCAAACGGAUGGUUAUACAACUUGGGUGAUUUGGACUUUGCAGGUGGUGGUCCAGUCCAUAUUGCUUCCGGUGUUGCAUCCUUGUGGUACUCUUGGUUCCUUGGUCCAAGAAAGGGCUGGAAGGAAAAGACUUUGGACUACAAGCCAUACUCUCCGGUGAUGACAUUCAUAGGUUCAUUGCUUAUUUAUUUCCCAUGGUUGUUCUUUAACUCUGGUACUUUGACUACAGUUACCACUCCAAGAACUGCCAUGAUUAUGGCUAACACUCAAAUUGCUGCUGGUUUUGCAAUGUCCACGUACUGUAUCAUGGACUACUUCUUCACAAAGAAGUGGUCGUUGACAAUGGCCGCAGAAGGUCUCAUUGUCGGUCUGGUGUUUGUCACUCCAGCUUGUGGUUAUUUGGAACCUUGGGCAUGUGCUGUAGGUGCAAUGUUCACCGCUAUUUGCUGUCGUUUGACCCACAACGUCAACCGCUGGAUCGGUAUCGACGACUCCUCACAGUCCUUUAACGUGCACGGUAUUGGCGGUAUCGUCGGUGGUAUCGUCGUUGGUGUCUUUGCUUCCCCUUACAUUGCCGGUCUUGAUGGCUACACAGUGAUUGAAGGUGGUUGGAUCUUCCAUCACUGGAAGCAGAUGGGUUACCAACUUGCUGCUAUCUGUGCUAUUGUUGGCUGGUCCAGUGUGGGAACAGUUGCCCUUUGUUACAUCAUAAACCACAUCCCAGGUUUGAAGAUGAGAGUCAGUGAAGAAGCUGAGGAAAUGGGUCUUGAUCUCUACGACCUGGCAGAGUGUGCUGACCCGUUGCUGGCUAUGGCGAUCGGCCCAGAACACCCAAAAGUGGAGUAUUUCAAUGGCGACGAGCUCAACUCCAGUGCUGACGGAAGCACAUCAGGUCAAUACGAGCUCAAUGACAUGGGUGAUGUCAAGCGUCCUCUUCCAGAGAAUUAG